AGUACUGGGGUGCGAGGAUAUUUAGACCAGACUACAGGAAAGUGAUCAAGAUCGUGCCAAAAUAUACCAUGCAUCUGACAUCAGAAGCAUGCAGAAACCAUUGAGAGAGUUGAGCCGACUUUGCCUGGGUGCAAGCGUGGUAACAACUCAGAAUAACGUGGUCACUACUAACGUUUGCACUGAGACCCGCAUUGGCCUACCUCUUCUUCAGGUAUGGCCCAGCGAUUCACCAAGAGGAGAGGCCGAUGGUCAAGCACAGGCUUUCAUCUUCCCAGACGUCCAGGAAAGCGUCAACGACAGUGGCAUCGAAUCUAUUCAGGCAUCACCGUCGCCGUGUGGCAUAGCAUGCGCCAGUCCAGCAAACACCCCGCAACAAUCACGUCGACCGAGUCUACUUCACCCGGACCAUGCCCGGCUGCACAUACAUCACCUUCACCAUAAUCAUCACAAUACCGGAUCAAAAAAUCCCCCAUCUCCGGAUAGAACUUCCAUUGAUGAAGAUCUACUUCCUGUGCCACCAAGUCCAUCAAGCUCGACGACCAGCAGCUUGCGAUCGAUGCCAAGCUCAGCAAUGUACUCUGCUUCAAUGCACUCUCAAGACAGGAGACGUAGCAGUAGGUAUAGUGUGUUUGAUGCGUUGGACCUAGAGUACGCUCUCCUCCGCGCUGCAGCACGAGGCUCAGUUGGUCCUUAUUCUCUGUCAGAAUCCUUACAUAAACUGACCUUCACUCAGAGUCUGGCUUUUCCAGCUCUAGCUCGUGGCCUAGCCUCGAAGCAAAACAUCCCUACCAGAAGACCUCAGCAACACGUCGAAAGUGGAAUGAACGCUUUUGCGAAAGUUGUAACAGCCCUGGUGUUAAUGCUGGUUAGUGUACUUGUGUUCGGCGUUGUUUAUAAAUUCGUACGGACGUGAGGGUGGCUGCUGGUACCUGAAAGGCAUCAAGAUUCCUCUCAACAAUCCGAUGCACUCACUUCAGGUACCAGCGAUUAGCACUUAAUUCACACAAACUUACGUGAACUUGCGUAGACAUCAAACUAUCGGAAGUCAGAAACAUUUAUGUAUUGUAAAAUGUUGUAUUAUACAUAUAAUAUAUAAGGUAUUCGCCAAUCAUAGUUAAUAAGAAAUAUCAAACAUCGUGAUUAAUGACGAAGGCAAACUGGAUAGGGAAGAAUUCUGGAAAGUUUAUUUUUAGGUUUAAAUAAUUUUUGAAAAUUUCAGAUAAUUAAAGAAACUUUUAAAAUUUAUGGUGAAUUUAUAAAAUACCAACAUUCUUAAACAUAUGAAUCAGAUUAAAUUUGAAGCAAGAUAAUUCUUUCUCACUUUUUCGACAAUUUUUAUAAAUAAAUUUUCGAGGAAGGAUUUGGUUUGGAUCGUAAGACUAAAGAGAACCCCUUUAUUAAAAAUCUAAUUUUGAAAAUCAUUUCAACUUUCCAAGAUUGUUAGAAUCUUGGAAAAUUGGCAAAUCUUUGAAAUUUAAGGAAAUUUACAUUAUCCGAAAAAUCGGCACAUUUACGAUAAUUUAUAGUAACUUGUGAUAAAUUGUGGUAAUUUAUCGGUAAGCAGGGAUUUGUAGCCCCGGGAAAAAACCCUUGUAGUUUUGGCCGGGUGUUCAUCCGUUGUACUAUUAGUACGCACAAUAUUCGAGACAAGCAGAAAAGCUUCGAGGCUAGAUUCGGAACGCGACUCCAGGCUUUGAUAAAUUUUAUAUGGAAAUUUAUCGCUUUUAGUUGGUCCAAUUUGUCAACGCAAUCAGCUCAACACCUGACACACUUUUGCUCCCUCUGACGUCACCAUGCUUGCAAAUCACUAAUUUAUACCCUCCUUACAUGUAUUCAAAAGGGCUGAAAUCAUGCGUGCGUUAUACAAAAUCUUCAUAUGUUAGUAUCAGAAGAAAGAGAGGAACAAUUUCAUACUUAUAAAGUUUUUUAUUUAUUGGCUUAAGAUUACACUAGUUGUAACAAAUUUCCUAUGGAAAUCUCGAGUAUGGCAUUUUCACCAUUCCAAUACGUUUUUUCCAAUUUUACAUUAUGUUUGUACUGUAGAAGUGUUGUAGAUUCCCAAACAUUUUGAACAGUAUAAAAUCAUCUGUCCUAUGCGAAUAAAUGUCAGCAUCCGCAUAAAAAGGGCGCAUAUGGCCGGUAUGUUAUGUACAGAAUCAUUGGCUGGAUAAAGUCCCUACAUUUCAAGUUAGGACUUCGAUUAGCCGCUUUAAGAGAAAAAUGCUUCUAAAGUUGGUGUGUGCUAUAACCGCACGUAUCACCUUCCGCUCAAAUCCAUAAACAAUAUUUUUGGCUCUGACUUAUAAAAGCAUGAAUAUCUAACAAACUAGCAGCGGCUAUUUCAUGCAGAUGGCCACAAAUUGUUUUAAACUGAAUGCAGGGCUGUGUUUCCAGUUUGUCUUUCACGUUGGUAACGAUACUAUUUUUUAAGAUUUCUGCCAGGCUGAUGGAUGUGCACUCACUUACCUUGCUGUGCCUUGGUAGUACAAGUGUUAUCAAUUUAUUUUCUAACUGAAAGUUUCGAAUCUGAUUGUCAGCUCUUUAAAAAAAGAAGACGAAGACCAUAAUAAAAAGUAUACUCUUUUAAAGAAUCAAAAGCCUAAACCCUAUUCAUAAAAUAACACAAUAAAUUCAACCUUGCUGCGUGAAGAAUAAUAAUAAUUUAAAAAGUUACAAGCUCUAAAACUUUAUCUGCAUUUUGUCUCUCUACAAAAAGAUUUGAUAACUUCAAUAAAAUAGCGCAUAAGAGAUGCCUUACCAUCCAAAAGAAUAGUAUUUUUAGAUAAAAAUAAAUGCUUUGAAAACUUAUAAUUGAAUGAAUCUAACUAAAUAAUCCAUUAAUUAUAAAAAAUGUUGUUUUAUAAAUGCAAGUAAUAGAAGUUGAGUUUCACCAUCUCUCUAAAUUCAUUUUUACCAGUAUUUAAAACGUUUAAAAUUUAAUCAGUCUUAAAUAUGUCGAGAAUUUUACCUAAAAAGUCUGAUAUAUUUAAUUCUUAAUAUAAAAAAUUGUUGACCUAUACCUCGUUACCUACUGUUUAAAAGUUUCUCAUUUUGUAGCGGAAUUUUUAGGCUUAUGAAAAAUGAACAUUUUUAUUCCAGGUGCCUCUUUCCAAUUAUCUCCGAUAUUUUUACGUUUUUCUCAGAUUGAAACUAAAUUGACAAUCAAAUAUCAUGGAAAAUUCCUUGCAAAUCAUUGCAAUUGAAAUUCUCACAAUGUAUAUGGGGGGCAUUCCACGCAAUAUUUGCCACCAAAAUUUGUUUUCACGUACAAUAUUUUUUUUUCUUUUUUAACACUCAAAAAUAUUUGAUACGCAUUUUUUUAU